GUUGCCUCGCAACUUGUCUAAUAUUCAAUUAGAGAAGCAAAGGGAGAGCGAACCAAGAAGAGACAAACGCAUGCGGAUCCCACUGGCCGUCAAUCUCCUGCUUCGCCGCACAAGAACGAGGGAGGGUCUUGUUCCCAAAGCAGCUUACGAUUCUCACUUCUUCAGCCCUAAGCCUCAAUUAUUCCGAUUCCUAUCCCUGAAUCGAGAUCGCUGAGGAGAGUAGUCAAACGAGUCCUGCAUCGUCAAACCUUUCCAUUGUGGAUUUCGUCGCUGAUGCAGCUGGAAUUUUGGAGGUGCAAGGUGGAGGGAGCUGAUUCCGAGGUUUGCAUCGUUCAGCCGCUUCAAUUCUGAGAUCAAACUUUAGGCUUUCGACGUGAGCUGGAAGGCUGCAAGAUGAUGGACGCCGCCAAAUUCACCGGAAUAUUGGCCGCUGGCAAUUCCGGUACCACGGGCGGGGCCAACUACUACGACCUGGGUUACUACCCGAAGCUCGGCGACGGUACAAGCAUGUCGCUGGAUAGCAUCCAGACCGGGACUUACGGUAGUUCCGUAGCGAUGUUGCUGGAUAAUAGCAGCGUUGCGUCUAAUGAUUCACGCACUGGAGUCCUCCACCUCAACGGUCCGCGUCAGGUAGUUGCUGGCUCGGCUGGCACCAUUGGUAACUCCGUAGGCCACAGCGUUUUCCGCUCUGGUGGCGUCACCCAUGUCCUUACCCGUGAUGCUCUAGCACAGGCUCUGAUUGACCCGAGCUUUUCCACCGAAGGCCUCUGCGAUUAUGAGGAGUGGACGCUUGAUCUUAGGAUGCUCAGUAUAGGCGAGCCCUUUGCCCAAGGAGCGUUUGGAAAGCUGUACAGGGGAACCUAUAUUGGUGAAGAUGUAGCAAUUAAGCUAUUGGAGAGACCUGAGAAUGAUCCCAAGAGAGCUCAGUUCAUGGAGCAGCAGUUUGCGCAGGAGGUGAUGAUGCUUGCUUCAUUGAAGCAUCCUAAUAUUGUUAGGUUCAUAGGAGCUUGCAGAAAGCCAAUGGUUUGGUGCAUUGUCACCGAGUAUGCCAAGGGUGGAUCCGUUAGACAGUUUCUUAGUAGGAGGCAGAACCGUUCUGCUCCACUGAAUAUUGCAGUGAGACAGGCACUCGAUGUUGCCAGAGGAAUGGCAUAUAUUCAUGGGUUGGGCUGUAUCCACCGGGACUUGAAAUCAGAUAAUCUUUUGAUUUGUGCUGAUAGGUCGAUCAAAAUUGCAGACUUUGGAGUGGCAAGGAUUGAAGUGCACCCAGAAGGGAUGACACCAGAGACCGGGACUUAUAGGUGGAUGGCUCCAGAGAUGAUCCAGCGCAGACCUUAUACUCAAAAGGUUGAUGUCUAUAGCUUUGGAAUUGUGCUGUGGGAGCUCAUAACUGGCAUGGUUCCAUUCCAGAACAUGACGGCUGUGCAGGCAGCUUUUGCUGUUGUAAACAAAGGUGCUCGGCCAAUUAUACCAAGUGACUGCCCUCCUUCGCUUGGAGUAAUCAUGACUCAGUGCUGGGAUGCUAACCCUGAUGUCCGCCCACCAUUUGGAGAAGUAGUCAAGAUGCUCGAGGUUGUGCAGACUGAGUUGGCUACUUCCGUUCGACGGGCACGCUUCAGAUGGUGUAUUUCUCAUCCCAUGACGAGCGAUUAAACCGUUUUAGGAAUAUGAAAACUUAAGAAGCAUAAAAGCAAAACAAAAUGAACUAUGGAUAGGAAAGAAAGAAAACUACCUUCUUUUUUGUGCAUUUUAAACAUUUUUAGAAGACUGAAGGAGUAAGAAAAAGAGCUAUGUUGGCUCUUGCAGCAUUGUAUUGAAUGAACACAGAAGAUAGGUUACUCUUUUUCUUGGCAUGCUCUUACCGUUUUAAAAUUGCAUGGCUUGACUGAUGCUUUUUGAGGCUAUGGCCUUGAUUUUGAUGCAGAUUUGCAUCUGGGUUGUAAGGCAUGAUUGAGAGAGGUCAUUUUGAUCAAAGAUGUAAGAUGACAUCAUUGCUUGUUUUUUUAGAUCACAUGCUUUUAUCUUUUAGGAUAAAAAAAGAAAUGAAUUUGAAUGC